ACACCGGUUCCGCAAAACUUAUCCAUCACUGGCAUACCAACGCCUCACAACACUUUCCCCUCACCUGUAAAUAAAUCGGAAUAUUUUCAUCAAUUUUUUGCCAAAAAUUAUUGAAACCAAAGUGAUCCUCAAGCUGUUGAAACCGUUCCCGCUGGUGGCCCGGGCCCAGCGCCAAUCCGUGUGCAACGGAAGUAACUGGCGGACGCUGCCCGCAGCGAGUCUAAUUGCCAAGAAAUGGCUCAGUGAUUAGAGGCUAUAUUGCGAUUGUGAUGCCCGAAAAAUUAGCAUAAAGAGUGAGCAAUUAAAAUGCGAAAAAUGUACGCGUUGCUGGCAACCUUGACAUUCUGGACGCUCACGCUGCUUUUGCCUCUGUCGUCGGAGCAGUUGCACGUCCCGCCUCCGGUGCCGUGCGAUCGGAGCCGAAAGGUCUUUACGGAGCCCUUUGGUGAAAUCAGUGACGGCCCCUCCGGUCACAACUACACCCAGGAUUCGCACUGCGAGUGGCUUAUCAAGGCGCGCAACGACAGCCAGUUCAUCACCUUGACCUUCCACAGCAUGGGCACAGAGUGCUCCUACGAUUAUAUUUACGUUUAUGACGGUGACUCCUUCAACUCGACGCUGUUGGGGAGCUUCAGCGGGCGGACGCAGCCCCAGCGUCUGGUUGCCCGUAGUGGAAGUAUGCUGAUCCUUAUGUACAGCGAUACUAACUACGUGCUGGAUGGCUUUCGCGCCUCUUACUACAUAUCAAAUUGCUUGAACAAUUGCCACAACCAUGGAAAGUGUGUGGGCCAUCAGUGCGUGUGCCACGGCGAGUGGGUGGGGCCGGACUGCGAGGAUGAGGCCUGCCCCAAACGGUGUGGCGAGAGCCAGGGCCGCGGACAGUGCCAGAAGAGCAUCUGCCACUGUUCACGGGGCUACAGUGGCCGGCUGUGUGACUUGAGCGACCACCCGGCGGGCAGCAGCUGGCGCUGGUUGGCCACCGAUGCCGAGGGAAUGACUCCUCGGGCUGCCCACACUGCCGUUUAUAUGGAGGACGAGGAUGCUCUCUAUGUUUUCGGAGGAUACGAUCUGAACAACGUGAUCAACACACUGCAGAUAUAUCGCUUCAGUUCCAGCCAGUGGGAGGACGAGUGGGGCAUAGCCCUGCAGAGUCGCAGGCAUUUCUACCAUCCCCAUAAGAUAGACCACACGCUUCUCAAAGCUGUGCUGCAGCACAAGAACGAGGACGAGGCGAAACUGUGGGGUCUCAACAGCGAUGUUAGCUUCUUCAGGAACAUUCUGUACACACUGGCCGAGUCUAAUCUCCACCAGCGUCGCACACGCUCGUCACUGCCGCUUACCAUCGUAAAUGCCAACUCAACGGACGAAGAUUUGAAGGGGUAUCUGGGGGACAUACUGGGAGGGGACAUCCUGGCUGGUGACAUACUGGGCAGGGUGACGGAUCACAAACCCAAUGGUCGUUAUGGACAUGCAGCAGACCGGGUACCGGGCGGAUUUGUGAUCUAUGGCGGCAAACACGCCAACGGCAGCUUCUACAGCGAUCUUUGGCUGUACAACAACACUGAGAGUGGACAGAAGUGGAAGCAGAUGGCCAUUCGGUCGGUGGUGAAGCCGCCGGCGGUUGCAAGGCAUACUCUGAACACGGCUGGCAAGUAUCUGUACCUCUUCGGCGGAAGUUUAGAGACGGGCGAGUUCUCCUCCAGCGUCUACCGUAUAAUCCUCCCGCUGACUGAGGACUCACAGUGGGAACUGGUGCAGCCGAGGGGAGGAAAGACCCUGGAUGUUCGCCUGGCAGCCCACUCCACAGUCUACUACAAGGCCACCAAUUCGCUAAUUGUGUUUGGAGGAAUUAUGACCAGCUUGGCACGCUUCUCAAAGCUCUCAGAUCGAAUAUUCGCCUUUCAACUGGACCAAUUCCAUUGGACCGAAAUCCUGUAUCCGCGAACGGCUCUGAGAGACACGAAUAUACCCAGGGAGCGGGCCUUCCACACCGCCACCAUCUCCGGGAACUACAUGGUCGUCUUUGGUGGCUACACCCACCGCCACAACAAGGAUGAGAUAUGCUACGACAACCAGAUGUACUGGUACCAUCUCAGCUGCCACAUCUGGAUCAAUCAGGUGGUCUCCACCGAGGACAGCUUGUACCCCAAGCCCCAGGGAGUCUUUGCCCAUGCGGCUGCACUUCGGAGGAAUCAUACGUUGCUGAUUGUUGGCGGCUACCACGGGAACAUGAAUGCGGAUCUGUUUGCCUACGAGCUGCCUCAGGUCUUGAGGGUGGAGGACACUCUGUAUAACCCGGAAGUAUCAUGCCGAUUACACGCCUCACACACCGCCUGUCUUUCGAAUCCGGAGUGCGGCUGGUGUUCCGCGGACAGCAGCUGCUACGGCCGCACCAUUGGGGCCAACUGUACCACCAAUCUCCAGACGACCAGGUGCCCGGGAAUCUGUCCCUCGCUGGGCGACUGCCACUCGUGUUUGGUGCACGGAUCCCAGUGGGGCAAGUCCCCAGCCGCUUUCUCCGUGGCCAGUAAGCUGGGACUCAACGAGUGCACGUGGUGUGUGCAGAAUGCGAGGUGCCACCAUCGAGACGACAACUACGGCAUAUGCGGCGACAGUUCCGGCUGGUGGGGCGACCAGGGCACCGAGAUACGACGUCCCUCGCUCUGCACCAGCAACGACCGACGACCGGGUCUGACCUACAUCAAAUACCACUAUCCGAUCAACUACACCAUGCCGGACUAUGUGGGCAUUGUUAACGCCACCAUGGUGGACUUUGCGUCGCCGCCGUUUACUACAUACUUUGAGCACAAGCUGGAGGGCGAGAUGCUGGCCAGGCUGUUGGGAUUCGUCCGACCGCAACACCAAUGGAACAACUCGGCGAUGCAAGUCUGCACCAGCUACUCCACGGCUUUGCUGCGUGCCGGUCUGGGCCUCAACCUCGACGAACUCGUUAAUGUCACCUCGCAGACCUCCAACCAGAGCUAUUGCAGCAACGUGCAGCUCCCCACCACAGAGCAGCCGUUUCUUAUUGACUUUCAGGCUCGACGUAGGAUUGGCGGUAAUGGGAUCUACAAUGCCUACCAAAAGACCAAGAUGGAGCUGCAGCACCUGCACAAUGGUCAGCUGAACGCCUUUACAUUCGAGUACUUGGAACCGUACUACUCCGGGGACUGCACCAAGUACGGCAACUGCUUGCACUGCCUGACGGACGCCUCCUGUGCCUGGUGCCCCCUGACGAGCCGGUGCCACUUGCGAUCGGUUAAUGAGACGGAGGUUUGCCGGCAAGAACCCGAUCACUGGUCCUAUCUGAUUAGCCAGCCCAGCCAGUGCUCCAACUGCACCAACUACGUGAGCUGUGAAGCCUGCGCGGGCAGCAAUGAGUGCGAGUGGUGGACGGAAGAUGCUCGAUGCGGCCGAUUGGGAAAGUCGAACAGCAGUGUGCGAGCUGUGGAGCAGUGUCCGCGAUCCUGUCGGGAGCGUCGUGGCUGCCAGGAGUGUUUGGGCGAGCGAGGAAGAUGCGUUUGGUGCGAAGCCAGUGCCCAGUGCUUCAGUUUCUCAGUGUACACCAGUGAAUACCAGUUCGGAAUGUGCCGUGAGUGGAUGGACCAGGUCAUCAGUCGCCAGCCGCAGGACCAACAAGUGUCAGAUGUGCAGAGGCUACAACCAGGACAGCAGCAAUGCAAAUCUUGCGAGCAGCAUCGCAACUGCUCCUCCUGCCUGCGAACCUUAAGUUGUGGCUGGUGCUUCGACCGCGACAAUCCCAUCGAGGGCAUUUGCAUGCAGGGCGACUUCAGCUAUAGUUCCGGCAACUGCUCUCUGGCCCUGAACAGCUCCUCGCACCACGAUGCCGAGUGGGCCUACGCCCAGUGCCCGGAUGUGGACGAGUGCGGACUGGGACUACACGACUGCCACAAGGAGGCCAAGUGCACUAACACCCAGGGCAGCUACAACUGUCACUGCCGGCGGGGCUAUGUCGGCGACGGACGCUUCAGUUGUGUCAGGACCUGCUACGAGACAUGCCAGCAUGGGAACUGCUCCGGGCCACCAGACUACCAGUGUCGCUGCGAUUUGGGAUGGACUGGCGCCGACUGCGGCUUGAGCUGUGGCUGCAACAAUCACUCGACAUGCGUGGAGCGGCUGGGGAAGUGCGACCAGUGCCAGUCGUGGACCGAGGGCGAGAAGUGCGAGCGUUGCCGCCAGGGGAGCUACGGAAAUGCCACCGCCCUGCAGGGCUGCCACCCGUGCGAGUGCAAUGGCCAUGGAAACCAGGAUCUGGGUAUUUGCAAUGUCAGUAACGGCGAGUGCUUCUGCAAGGACAACACCCAGGGUCUGAGGUGCGAAGAUUGUGCCGCCGGCUACUAUGGGAAUCCCCGGGACGGAGGCCAGUGCUACUACCAGUGCGAAUCGAGGGGCAUCCUGACCAACAUCGGCCGGAGUGCCAUCGGUUCUUAUCAAUCGUACAGGUCGCCGUGGGGUGCCAGCCUAGAGGUGCGCGAGUGCCUGUGGAUCCUCCAGCCGAAGACCCUGCACGCCGAAAAGUCCUUGCUCCAGCUUGAGUUCCAGUGGAAGAACUUGGCCAUGGACUGCGACGAGAACGCCGUGUACAUAUACGACAGUUUGCCGGACCUGACCGGAGCCACCCAGCAAAAUCAGCUUCUGGCGGUGGUGUGUUCCCCCUACAGCUCGGCAAGGAUCAUCGAAGCCCGCUCCAGCCAUGUCACUGUUUACUACAAGCAGGGCAGCGAGCGCCGCCACUUCGGCUUCAAUGCCCUGUACUCCGUCAAGAACUGCAUGGCCGGGACCUGUUUGCCGCCUCACAUCUGCGAUGACCGGAUGCGGUGCGUCUGCCCAUCCGGAUAUGUUGGUGCUCUCUGUGAGAUCGAGAUCUGUCCCAGCAACUGUAAUGCCAAGCGGAUGCAGGGCUACUGCGACAUGGAAUACGGCCGGUGCAUCUGCAAUGCGAACUAUGCUGGCGCCGAUUGCGGAACUUUGGUGCAGAGGAGUCACCUGGUGCUAACGGAGCUGUUCAAUACGCAGUUCCUGAACGAGAGUCUCGAACACCUGCGGAAGACCAUUCCUCGAUUCGGGCACUCGGUGAACGCCGAUAGAAGGGGCUCGCUGUGGAUGUUCGGUGGCUACUCCCCCAACCAUGGGCCGCUCAAUGAUUUCCGGCAGUUCGACACCAAAAACGGCACCUGGCUCCAGGUGACUGUUGAGUCCUCCACGCCGGAGGAUCGCAUGCCGCUGGGUCGCUACUUCCAUGCCUCCGAAAUCUAUGUGAAGAAACAGAUCAUCUACAUCUACGGAGGCAUCAGUGUCAACUCGCAGCUUCUGCGCGAUUUUUGGAUGUUCUCGAUACAGAACCAGCGCUGGAGCCAGAUCAAGGUGGAGCUGGAGUCGGCUGGAGGUGACUACCAGGAGGAAGUACCGCCGCCAUUGGCUGGCCAUACCUUAACCCAUCUGCGCUACCAAGAGCACGAGUCGCUCUUCCUCAUCGGCGGCUUGACCCUAAACAAAUCCCGACCGCUGGAGUUGUGGGAGUUCAACCUGGACACUGGCCGCUGGCAGCAGCUGGCGGCUGUGGGUGCUCGGAUGCCCGUGCUGUACGGCCACAGCACUGUCUACCAUGCAGAGACCAACAGUGUCUACCUGUUCGGAGGCUAUGCCAGUGAACCGCAGAGCAACCUAUACGCCCUUGACCUGCAGAAGCUGAGCUGGACAGAGCUCCCUAGCUUCCGGGAGCUGAAUGCCCCGGCAACGCAACUACCCCGGGCUCGCUACUUCCACUCGGCAGUCAGCACGGAGCACUACAUGAUCCUCUACGGAGGGAGGACCCAGCCGUUCAAUGGAUCCGACGUUUUGAUUGCCUAUGUCUAUGCCUGCAAUCAGUGGGUGCGUCUGACAGAGGAUGUGGAGCUCAUUGGUCGCCUGCCGGCUUCCAGCUAUGCCGAAGACAUGGCCAUCGAUCCGGACACGGGUGUCAUAUUCGUAAUCGGCGGAUGGGACGGCAGCUCCACGCACAGCCACGUCACCAGGAUAACAUUGCCGGAUGACAUCUGCCAGUUGUGGAGUGGCGGAAAGUUCCAGUGCCGUCACUACAUGGGCUGCAGCUACUGCACCAUCCAGAACACAUACAGCUACAGCAGCCACUGCUUCAGCCACGGCCGGACACCGUGCGCCAAUCACAACGGUACCCUCGUGGUCAACAACGGUGCGGCCUGUAACGACGAGUGGAUGGCCAACCGGAACUGCUCCAUUUUUAACACCUGCGGCGCUUGCCUGGCCGCUUGGCCGUCGCACCAAGAGGUAGCUCCGGUGUGCCAGUGGUGCGAUGAAUGCGGAAUCAGGGGCCGGUGUGUCCCGGCCGGUGUGGACUGUGGCUGGCGCAGUGCUUGGUGCAACAAGGAACUGAGCGUGGGAGUGCUGGGACUGUGCCCGCUGCCGCAGUGCUACCAACUGAGCUGCGAGAGCUGCAUGCUGCAGCCGCAGUGCAACUGGGCGAGAAACGAGCUGGGCACCGUGGAGUGCAUUGCCAGGGAGCUGGUGGAGAAGAACCAGUACCGCCUGGUGGAGAACUGUCCGGCGCCGUGCCACACUCAUGCCAACUGCACCAGCUGUCUGAGCCAGACCCUCGUUCCCAACGAGUGCAAGUGGUCCACCAUGUUGAAUGCCUGCAUGGCCCCGAACUCGCAGCCCCUGCUCUGCGCCGGCGGCGUUUGCGGCCUGGUGUUGGAGGCCAGCGAACUAGAGCGAUGCCCGGAACCGUGUCACGUCUACACCCAGUGUUCCAGCUGCCUGGAGCACGCCCAUUGUGGUUGGUGUGCCCGCGAGGGUCACAACGGCGACGGCAUUUGCACUGAGGGGGCACUGGAGCACAAACAGGAGCAUCCAUCUGGUUCGACGUGCGAUCUGAUCUACUCCAGCUGGCGAAACGAUUCCCAGCUGACCAAUGCCGACGUGGUCUCGUGGCACUACGUUCAGUGUCCUGCGGAGAACGAGUGCAUCAACGGGCACCACAAUUGCGAUGCUGUGUCGGAGCAGUGCAUAGAUUUGGACACCGCCGUUGGCUACAAGUGCGUGUGCGCCCAAGGGUACCGCGAGGAGCACGGAAGCUGUCUGCCCGUUUGCAGCCAGGGCUGUGUCCGGGGCAGUUGCGUCAGUCCGGAUCAGUGCCAGUGCGACUUUGGAUACGUGGGCGCCAACUGCAGUAUUCAGUGUCUGUGCAACGGGCACUCCAACUGCGAGUCGAGCAGCCGGCUGGACAUCUGCCUGAAGUGCCACAACAACACCAUGGGCGAGCAGUGCGAAAAGUGCCAGCCCCUGUUCGUGGGCAAUCCCCGCGAGGGCCACGCCUGCCAGCCGUGUCUGGACUACUGCCACGGCCACAGCGACGUGUGCGUGGCCUAUGACGCCGAUCCGGCCUUCUUCAACAUGACCCGCUCCGAGCUGGAGAGGAUACUGCCCGAGGGUCCUGCCCACAAUGCCACCUGUCUGCGGUGUGGCAACCACACUGCCGGAGAUCGGUGCGACACCUGCUUGACUGGCUAUUUCCGGGGCAGCGAGGAUCUGCAGAAGGAGUGUCGGCCCUGCCAGUGCCACGGGCAUGGAAACGUCUGUGAUCCGGUCACGGGCGAGAAGUGCAACUGCGCCAAUAAUACGGAAAGCGAUGCCACCUGCACGGCGGGCGGGGGCAAGAACUCGGCCCAGCUGUGCUGGAUGGUGCAGUGCUCCAAGUGCCGGGACUCCUACGCAGGCAACCCCACGGAUGGCCACCAGUGCUACAAGCAGAUCACUGUCGAGUCGCGCAUGUGCUUCGAUGCCAAGCCAAUCGAGGAAUGCAAAUCGAAACCAGCUGCCCUGAAGCCCGGCCAGACGGUGUUCUUUGUCAUCCAGCCGCGCUUCAUGAACGUGGACAUUCGCAUCACCAUCGACGUGACACAGGGGGAGCUGGACGUGUUCAUGUCGCCGCAGGACGAUUCCUUCAUAGUGGAGACUAAUGAGACGACCGGCUACCAUGAGAUCUUCCUGGACAAUCGCUACAACUGGGGACCGAAGGUGAAGCGGGAGCAUCCACUGAAUGUGGCCCUGCCCCGACACGACAAUGCCACCAUCCAGAAACUGUUUGCUCCGGAGCGUCGCAUCGGAGGCGGAGGGCUUGGCGUUGGCGGAGGAGGAGGAGGCGAACGGAUUGGGUCCAAUCCGUACUACGUUCCGCAGUUGCAGGACUGCAAGAGCCACGGGGGCCACAACUUCAUCGUGAAGGACCAGCACGCCAAGGACCUGAGUACCCAUGUGACACUCAACCACUGCAACACGCUGCUCCGGCUGUUUGGGCUGAGGAACCGCCUGGUUCUCACUCUGCCGCAGCAUGCUCACAAUCUCAGUGCCACCCGGUUCUUCAUCGCCCUGCGAGCCAGUUCGGGGCCUGAGCCGAGCUAUGGGUCCGUGGUCUUCCGCCAGGACCAACUGCACAUCGACUUGUUCGUGUUCUUCUCGGUGUUCUUCUCCUGCUUUUUCCUCUUCCUCGCCGUCUGUGUGAUCGUGUGGAAGGUGAAGCAGGCGGCGGACCUGAGACGAGCCAGACGGCAGCAUGUGGUGGAGAUGCUGCACCUGGCCAAGCGUCCCUUUGCCCAGAUUUUUCUGGCCUCCGGCAGCCUCGACAUGGACAGCCCCCAACCGACCGCCUCCUCCUCCUCGUCGCGCGUAAUGCGCCAGCGCGCCCGCCAGGCUCUGCUCCUCCAGCAGACGGAGCAGGCUGGUGGAGACUUCCACGGCAAUGUCGUAAUGCAUCACCCAUCUAGUCGCCGCGGUCACGACCCCCACAUCAUGCUCGUGGCCAUCGAGCCCACAUCCGAUAAUAUGGCUGCCGUGGGCACGGUGUUUGUCAGUCUACCCGGUCGCUCGAGGGCUCCGCUGAGCAUCGCUCUGGGCUCCACCCUCAUAUCCUACUCCCGACAGUACCCCCUGAAUGCCCGCCACUUUAUGCGCGCCCAACGGGUUCAAAACGUGGCCAACCACCCAGCCUAAGCGGAUGGCAGCUCCCAGCUCCCAGCAGCAAUCUCUCGACUAUGUAUCGAGGUACAUAAAGACAUUCGAAUAGAUAUUGGUGUGUAUGUAAUAGAUUAGGUAAUUUUUGUACAUAACGUUUAGAUAAACGCGAUAAACGAAUAACGAUAUUCCCAUGGGUGUACAUAAAUGUGCAAAAGAUAUAUGUGCUGAACGGAUAGAUACUAGCUACUGCUUGCACAGAUCUUCUAGAAUUAUAUUAUUAUGAUAUUUACUUGUCGAUAGAUAAAGAUACAGGAAACGGAAACGGAAAUGGAUGGAUAGGAUUUUAAGCAUACUCAAGCUCAAGAAUAUUUGGAAUCGGAAAUCUAUAUAACACAGAACAAACAUUUGGACUGAUACAAUUUUUUAUAAAAAUUACUUUCGCUAAUCGAUUAAUAAUUAUUUGAAUUCUCGUCGUAUUUGUUAAAUAAGAACAGCAAUCUCAUAAUCAAGUUUGAAGCAAGAAUAUAAUAUAUAUGUGUACUUCCACUAGAGCAACAGGAAUUUAAUAUACGAAUGGAUAUACUUUUAAGAGUGUCAAUUUUUGUCGCACAAACUGGAAACUGGAAACAUUUAAGAGCCAUAUGAAAAACAAAACAGAAGAAACUAAAUCAAGAUAUACGUAUUUAUUAUAUAAUAGCAUACUGAAUGUGUCAUAGCAAUUAGACGUUAUGUAUGUGUCGAACUCGAAUAUGUUUUCCUCGAAUAUGAUUUCUAUUCUCGCGUACCUAAUAUUACGUAUAUAUAUAUAUAUAUUGUAUAAAGUAUUAACGAUAUUCCUUCCCCUGUUGGUGGUCAGCAUUUGCUCAAUUAGUUCGUUAGUUCUCAACGGCGCACUCUUACGCACCCAAGUACCUACUAUUUUAAGUCUAAGAUACUAUUUUUUCACACAACAAACAAACACACACACUCGUUAUGUUUACACACAAAAAAGCUCCGGAACACAAGAGCUGCCGGAGAACGAUAGAUAGGAUUGCUUCUCCGGCAGCUGGAACACUAUAGACGAACAAAUCCUACAGAAAUAACUCAACUACACUAAUCUCAGUAACCAAAAGGUUGUAACAAAUUCUCACUACAUCGCUUUAGUUUAAAACUCUCCCUCCUUACGUAUAUAUGUGGUAUUUUGUUUUUUUUUUAAUUAAUUAAAUAUAUAUACUUUUCGGUUUACGAAAUUAGCAAAAUUUUUAGAACUGAUGUACAUUUUAGUGAUUAUAUACAAGUUGUCCCAUUUUUUGCAAUAUAUAUAUUUAUAAUUCGAGUUAUUAUUUUGUAUUUGUGUUUGCAAUAAAGAUGAAAGUUUGACAAAUAAAA